AAAAAAUAAAAAAUAUAUUAACCUUAAAUACAUUCUAGAAGAAUUUUAGUUCACAUCUGUUUACAAUUAAGAUUAUAAAAUUAUUCAAUCAUGGCAAUGCAUAUUCCAAAAGCUCCAGGCUUCUCUUCGAUGCUUAAAGAAGGAGCUAGAGCAUAUCAUGGAUUAGAAGAAGCAGUUUUUCGAAAUAUUACAGCAUGUAAGGAAUUUGCAGCGAGCGUUCGUUCAGCUUACGGUCCAAAUGGCAUGAAUAAAAUGAUUAUUAAUCAUAUUGAGAAGCAAUUUGUAACAUCAGAUGCCGGAACAAUUAUGAGAGAACUUGAUGUUGAACAUCCAGCUGCCAAACUAAUGAUUAUGGCAAGUCAAAUGCAAGAAUCUGAAGUUGGUGAUGGAACAAACUUUGUUGUAAUCUUAUGUGGAGCUCUUCUAGAAGCAGCCGAAGAGUUAUUGCGUUUGGGCGUUAAUGUUACAGACAUCUGCGAAGGAUAUGAAAGAGCUUUAGACAAAGUUUUGGAUAUUCUUCCAUCAUUCGUUUGCUACGAAGUUGAUGACUGUCGAAAUCUUGAAAAAGUCAAGGAAGGCAUUAAAGCCUCAAUAAUGUCAAAACAAUUCGGAAAUGAAGAUAUUCUGGUUGAUCUCAUUACCAAAGCAUGUGUUGCAAUUUUGCCUGAACAAACGACAUUCAAUGUGGAUAAUGUUCGAGUUUGUAAAAUUUUAGGAUGUGGAUUAACUGCUUCAGAAGUAGUCAACGGAAUGGUUUUUAAACGCUUUGUUGAAGGAGAUGUUGCACAUGCAGAACAAGCUAAAAUUGCUUUAUAUACAUGCCCUGUUGAUGUCACACAAACUGAAACAAAGGGGACUGUUUUGAUCAAAACUGCUGAAGAACUUAAGAACUUUAGUAAAGGCGAAGAAAAUCUUUUAGAAGAACAAAUUAAGGCGAUUGCAGAAACUGGAACUAAAGUAAUAGUUGCCGGUGGUAAAUUUGGAGAUAUGGCUCUUCAUUUCAUCAACAAAUACAACAUGAUGGCUGUUCGAUUAAAUUCUAAAUUUGAUUUACGUCGAUUAGCAAAAACUGUAAAUGGAACUGUUUUGCCAAGAUUAACUCCUCCAACUAGUGAGGAAUUAGGAUAUUGCGAUAAGGUUUUUGUCGAUGAACUUGGCGAAACAGGUGUUGUUAUUUUCCGUAAUGAAGGCAAAGACAGUAAAAUUGCUACCAUUGUUAUUCGCGGUUCUACAGACAAUUAUAUGGAUGAUAUUGAACGUGCUAUCGAUGAUGGAGUCAAUACAUUCAAAGGUCUUACACGAAAUGGAAAAUUUUUGCCUGGUGCUGGAGCUAUUGAAAUAUCAGUGGCUCAAAGCUUAUCCGAAUAUGCAGACACACUUCCAGGAUUAGAACAAUAUGCUGUAAGAAAGUUUGCCACAGCCUUAGAAUCUUUCCCAAAGGCACUUGCUGAAAAUUCCGGUGUUAAUGCAACUGAAGUUGUUCAAAAGUUGCAUUUUGCACACAAAUCUGGAGAAAAGACACAAGGAUUUGACAUCAACUCUGAACAACCAGCAACAAUUGAUGUAAAAUCAACUAGCAUUUAUGAUGCAUAUCCAACCAAAUAUUGGGGUAUCAAAUAUGCUGUAGGAGCAGCAACAACAAUCCUUCGUGUUGAUCAAAUUAUUAUGGCUAAGAGAGCAGGUGGUCCAAAGCCACGUGAUAAUCCACAAGAUCAAGAUGAUGACUAAACGUCGAUUGCUUGUAAUUCUUCUCAUUUAAUCUAACAUAAACUUAACUAAUAAUUUCACAUAGCUUUCAAAUUUGCGUUAAACAUCAUCUAAAAACUCAAUACAGCACAUCCUUUCAUGAUUUCAACUAAUG